AUGACCUCCCAAGAGCGCCUCCCAGCCCACCUGGACUCGUCCACGUACCCACGCACACAGCAUGAUGCCACCCAAAACAUCCACCUAACACUCACCUACACCCCUCUCGAUCCAAACACCUACCUGUCGCAGGUCUCCUCCCCCGCCGCAGGCGCAAAUGUAUUCUUCCUCGGAACAACACGCGAUACAUUCGAAAACAGACCCGUCUCUCAACUCAGCUACACAACGUAUCCGCUCCUCUCACUGAAAACACUCGCCGCGAUCGCGGAGGACGCCGUCAAAAAACACCAGCUCCUGGGUGUGAGCAUUGCCCAUAGACUGGGCGUCGUGCCUAUCGCGGAGGCUUCGAUUGCGAUUGCGGUUAGCUCGGGACAUCGCGCUGCGGCGUGGAGGGCCGGAGAGGAGAUUCUGGAGGCCUGCAAGGAAAGGGCGGAGAUUUGGAAGAGGGAAGAGUUUGUUGAUGGGGGGAUGGAGUGGAGAGCUAAUGCUGAUCGGGAUGCGGAGGGGAGGUUGGUUGGAAGUUCUGUGACGGAGGGCUUGUAA